ACACACCAAUUUGUGUAAGUGCUCUCUUCAACAAACAAACAAACAAAAAUGUCCGAACAAGAAGGAAAAAUUGAGAAGAUAGUAACUGAAGCGCAAUGGACUACUGGUUUAUACGAUUGUUUCUCUGAAGAUAUCUCUACAUGCUGCUUCACAUGGUUUUGUCCUUGCGUUGCAUUUGGGAGGAUCGCUGAGAUCCUUGACAAAGGAGAAACAAGUCAAGGACUAGCUGGAUUAAUGGUGGUGGCAAUGUCUCACAUUGGGUGUGGAUGGUACUAUGCUUCAAUAUACAGAGCCAAACUCAGGCACCAAUACUCUUUGCCUGAGGAACCUUGUGCCGAUGGCCCCAUUCACUUCUUCUGUUGUGCUUGUGCUCUUUCUCAAGAACACCGCGAACUCAAGCAUCGAGGUCAUGAUCCCUUUCUAGGGUGGCAAGGGAAAAUUGAUAAAGGAUUAUCAACGCCGCCGUUCGUAGCGACAGGCAUGGACCGUUAAAAAACAUCACAAAUUGACAUCGAUAAAUAAAUAAAUCAUGUUAUAUAAUUGGAUGCUGGGAACUGAAAGAUUUAUUCUUAUAUUAUGUUUGUAUAUAUUUUCUAAGUGUGCGAAGUUGUAACCAUGCAAAUUUGAGUAUGAUGAAAUGUAAUCUUUAUGUUUAUAAAAAGUACAUGUAAAACUAA